UGCUCUCUUUUUCACGCUCGUCCACGCCCGCGCCCGUGUUUUCUCCUGCCGCCCUCCGCUCUCUUCAGCGCGCCGGCACAUUUACCACUCCCAGCGACUCCGAGAAGACGCUGCUGGACAUCCGAACUUGACUAAAACCUGCUCUCUGGGACCUUGUGAAAUAUGAGCAGAGGACGCGGAUUUGGCGGCCGUGGUGGUGGAGGCCGCGGUGGUGGUCGUGGCGGGUUCAUGCAGAGGGACCAAGGCCCUCCUGACCAGGUCUUCGAAAUGGGCACCUUCCUGCACGCAGUCGAGGACGAGAUGCUCUGCCAGUCGCUCAUGCCGGACAAAGUGCCCUACUUCAACGCGCCCAUCUACCUGCAAAACAAGUCCGUCAUCGGCCGCGUGGACGAGAUCCUCGGGCCGAUCAACGAGGUCUACUUCUCAGUGAAGAUGGGCGACGGCAUGGUCGCGAACUCGUUCAAGAAGGGCGACAAGGUCUACAUCGGUGGCGACAAGCUGCUCCCCCUCGACCGCUUCUUGCCGAAGCCCAAGGUUACCGGUGUGAAAAAGCCCCGCGGGGGUGCACGGGGUGGUGCUGGUGGACGCGGCGGUCGCGGCGCACCAGGCGGACGUGGUGGCGGACGUGGCUUCACUCGGGGCGGAGGCCGCGGCGCACCAAGAGGACGGGGCGGAUUCGGCGGCGGAGGUGGCGGAGGCUUCGGUGGUGGUGGAGGAUUCGGCGGCGGCAGCAGCUUCGGCGGCGGUCGCGGUGCACCAAGAGGACGCGGCGGAUUCGGGGGAGGCAGUCGGGGCGGCGGACGCGGUGGGUUCCGCGGGUCAUAGUCUGCAGACGUGCCCCAGUGUACUUCGCGGUGUACGAGUCUCCCGUUGCUUUCGCUCUUUCUUUCCUCUUCUGUCUGUAUCCUACUCUGAGCGACGCUCUCGAUCGCUCUGGCAAAAUCCAAAAGUACAUAAUCC